AUGCCUCCCCAGACUGCCCGCACGUCCGCACACCCAACCCAACUCGACACCGUGCUGCGCCACAUCUCCACUGCCGCCGGCGUGCUCGAUGUCCUUGCAAACAACGUCGCGACGCCGUUCCUCGACGUCCUCUGCGCUACAACGCGUGCGCUGGUCUUAUCAGCUCAGAAUGUGCGCCGGAACAAGAAUGAAUGCACUGAUCUCCUUGAAAGUACCAACCAGCUUCUGCAGGCCAUUCUUGUGUUGCUUGUGAAACAGGACAGUAAGCUGCUGUCUUCAAGUGCAGUAGAACAUCUCGGCCGCCUUGUGGAGACUCUUCACAAGGUGCAUCAUUUCCUCGAAGCACAACAGGACCGUAGUCGUUUCAGGCAGUUCUUCAAGCAGUCUGAAACCACGGGGAUCCUCAAGGAGUGUCAUGCAGGGCUGCAAACUGCACUGGAUUUCUUUCUGCUUGAGCGGUAUGAGAUCUUGAAUGACAUCAGAGAUCUUCAGCUCACUGCAGACAAUGAUCACCAAGAGAUUCUGCAGAUGAUCCAGAGUAUUCAACCUGGCAAUAAUGAGAUGUCAGACUCAGAGUCAACCUUUUCAAUCACAAAAGAUUCCCUCAAUAGGUAA